AUGAAAAUCCAACUCCACAAAGCGGCAUUUGAUCUUGGUGAGUUUUCGGAUAGUUACGAAGAGAGGCAAGAGUAUUACUACAUAAUUUUCAAGGACUCCAAAGACUCCUCCAUCCUCCGGUUGGCCACCGGAAAGUGCUGCCAACUACGGGCAGGCCCCACGUAUGAAAGAGGACAGUCCAGUGUGGCUCUCUGGCCCUGGAGGGAGAACGCAGGGAACCGCAGACGGCGCCCCUCGAGCCCGGUCCCCGCGGACCUGCCAUCGGGCCUCGCGCUCCCAGCCCCCGCCCGGCCCGCGGGGCCUGGCUUCUGCCCCGGCUGCCCCCGGCGCGGCGGGGGUCCGCCUCCCCGCGCAGGCCGGCCUAGGUGUCCCGGCGGCUCCCGGGCGCCCCCUGGCCCGGCUCCGGCGCCCGAGGUUUCCGGUGAGCUGCAGUCGCCGGUUAUGACGACUCCCUCCUCCGGAGCAGCCGCCGCCGCCGCCUUCUCCGCAGCCCCGGUUCGCCCGGCUCCAGGUGGGACUCGCCCCGGUGUCCGCGGAGCCUUCACCCGCCCCCCUCUGUGCCGCGGCAGGCUGAGCGGCUCUCGGGGCCGGGCGCGCGGUGGGCGCUUCUGCCCGCUCCCGGUGCGGCUUCCCGGAGGGCUGGCGCCUCUCCACGGGUCCGCCUGCGCCUUCCCAUCGCCCGCCCGAAGAGGCGGACUUGGGGAAGCCGAUCCUGACCCUCCCGACCCCGAGCGCUCGGCCUUUUCAUGGCGCCUGCAGCGGCGCACGGGACCCCGGGGGCCCUCCGGGCUCGGGGAAGAAUGCCGGCUCCCUGGCCGGCGCCCCCUUGACCGCGUUUCCCAGGCCGGGGCGGAGCCGCUCUCCAGGCCCCUCCCAGGCGCGCCAGGGACCAGGGGUGGGGAGUGCAGUGUUGGGUGUUGGGCGGCCCCCGGGGAAUCUCUGCGCCCCAAACCCCAGCGCAGCAUCGAGGCCGCGGAAGGGCGCUCGCCGCUGACCCCGCCGCCCUGGUUCCACUGA